CAAACCGGUGAACCUGCCUUCCCCGGAUGCCUCUCUUCAGCCUGAUGCCUCUCUUCAGCCUGAUGCCUCUCUUCACCUGAAGCCUCUACUCAGCCUGAAGCCUCUACUCAGCCUGAUGCCUGCAUUCAGCCUGAUGCCGCUACUCAGCAUGAUGAACUGAUCCAGCCCGACGAUCCUAUUAGGCCAGUUGACUCGAUGCCCGCUGUUGAUCCAGAUGAUCCGGUACCUGAUCCAGUGCCCGCUGUCGUGCCAAUUGACUCAGAGCCCGCUGUCAUACCUGGUGACCCGGUGCCCACUGCCUUGCCAGAUGACGCGAUGCCCGCUGGCAAGCCAAAUGAC